CGCUCUUAUGAUACCAUCCCCUCCCUCAAUACCAUAAUUUUGUAGCUAUCCUUCAUUGCCUUACCUUUUUUUUUUAUUUUGUCAAGGUCCAAAUUAAUGAAAAUCGACAACAGCUCAAACAUUGGAUUUCCAUCCAAAUCUCGCCACCAGCAGUCAUCUAUACCAGGAUCAGGUGGCUUCCUCUUUCGCUUAAGUAUUUAGUUAUAUACAGUCGCAUUUAUGCAGAAUUAGGAGUGAAUCACAUCGCAAACAGUCCAAGCCGGAGGUUCAAGCUGCUUUUGAGUUGAGCAUCAGAGGCAUCUCCCACAUCUUUGGUGCAUUAAGCAUCGGCGCGAUGAUAGUUACAAGUAAGUAUGACAGCAUUUGCAUAUAUCAGACAAAGACUCUGCAUUCGUUGACUCUUGCUGCACGUGCAAUAGUUGCAAUCGCUCUGCUUUUCGUAGAGAUCAAGGAUGCAGCAUUUCUGAAAACGUUGUCAGAGGUUAUGCUAUCCCUUUGGCUCAAAUGGGAACUCCGAGCAAUGGUUGUACUCAGCCUAACUGUUCAACUCAUACUGAUAAGAUAUGGGAAUAGGCGAAAAUUCAGCGGCAAAAAUUUGAAACUCGUCUCAUUCCUUGUUUGGACAAUGUACCUGUUUGCAGAUUGGUUAGCAACGGUUGCCCUGGGUACCCUUCUUAGGACCAGACGGGAACAAAUAACCAGCCCACUAGUUAUAUUUUGGACCCCAUUCCUACUCUUGCAUCUUGGUGGCCCGGAUACCAUCACUGCUUACUCCUUGUCUGACAAUGAGCUGUGGCCUAGACAUUUCUUCGGGCUAUGCUUCCAGGUUGGAGUUGCUCUCUAUGUGUAUGUCAAGUUUUGGACCCUAACCGUAACUGUGCUCACGAUUAUGGCCAUUCCAAUAUUCAUUGUUGGAAUUAUCAAGUACGGGGAGAGGGUUUGGGCUCUGUUCUCAGCCUGUAACAUGCAGAUUAGGAAGUCUGUAUUCUCUACUUCCGAUGCCAAAAGUUUCGAGCUUGAAAUUGACCUUCUACAGGGCCCUUCAAAAGGGGACAUAAAGCUGGAGGAAUAUUUAAAUCACAGACAGAUUAAGGACAAAUACAGGUAUCUUCAUCGAGCUUUUUUGUUAUUCCAGGUGUUUAGGCCCUUAUUUUCGGACCUCAAGCUCAGAAUUUACAAUCAUUUAAGUUACAUUUUUGAGUUGGGGAACGUGUCUGCAGAAGAAGCAUUCAAAAUGGUAGAGAUUGAACUUGGUUUCUUGUAUGAUUUGCUCUACACAAAGAUUCCUAUAGUUAUUUCUCGAAUUGGUGUGAUUCUCCGCUGCAUUUGUUUGUCAUUGACCGUUUCCACACUAAUUUCCUUCUUGAUCAUCGUUGGUAAGCAUGGCUACUCCAAAGUUGACAUUGGCAUAUCCUACUUGUUAAUGGUUGGAGCUAUCUUCAUUGAAAUCUAUUCAGCCAUUCUUCAUCUUAGUUCUGACCGCGGCAUUCUCUGGUUUACAAGUCAAAAUAACAGGUUUCUUAAGGCCACUGGCUCUAAGUUAGUUCUUUUGACUAAAGCCAAGAAAGGAAUACGAAAAAUGGCACAGCACAGCCUGCUAGGUUACUGCCUCCAGCCUAGGAAAAGCAAGCUUGCUGCAGUUCUCAGCAUAUUUGAUCCGGAGGACAAAUUGGAAAAGUACUUCCAUACUAGCUGGAAGGAUGUGAAUCCUGAUUUGAAAACAAUCAUUUACUCUCAUCUGAAAGAAAAACGAGACCAAUAUGAGCUUUCUGGUUUCGACCAUCUGUCAGAUUUGUUGGAUAACAGAGGUUCCGUUGUGCUUAAAAAAAAAGGAAUUGCUGAUGACUUUGGUUGGAGUGUAACUGAUGUAGAAUUUACCCACAGUCUCCUCUUAUGGCAUAUUGCUACGGAUGUUUUUUUCCAUGAUGAUCGUCAAAGAUAUCGAACCGGUGACCUCGGUCCAUAUUGCCACCUCAGUAAGCUUUUAUCUGAUUACAUGAUGUAUCUCCUCUUUCUGUGUCCAGCAAUGCUUCCUGAAGGUAUUGGUAAUUUAAGGCACCAUGAUACCUGCAUUGAAGCAAAAAGAUUUUUCCAUAAAGAUAUAAAAAUCAAGGAAGCUAUUAGGGGAUUGUUUGGCAUCGACAUCGAAUCUCGAACCUUUUUUAUCGAGAUGGGAAGCCGGAGGAGGUCAGUAUUCUUUGAAGGAUGCUAUGUUGUGUCUCAGCUGCAAGAGGUGAUAUCGAGAUUUCGAUGGGAUCACCAAGAGAAAUGGGAGCUUAUUGGUGGUGUGUGGCUGGACAUGUUAACUUAUGCUGCUAGUCAAUGCCCGUGGAAGGAGCACGCAAGGCAACUUCAGCACGGUGAGGAAUUGCUAACACACGUCGCCCUUCUCAUGGCACAUCUUGGUUUAACUAGGAAAAUCAAUUUGGUGGAUUUACCCCAAAGACUCGUGGACGUCGAUUUCAAGCCUAGCUGGUAUUGGAAUAGGCUUGACCGAUUGGCUUAUUACUUGGCUUAGACACGUUGUAUGUAUAAGCACCCAUUUCCAUCCUCAUGAAAUCCGGCUUGGUUCGGGUCCUCUUUUCUGCACAACUUUCUUUAUUUGUCCUUUUUCAGUUUCAAAUAAACAUACCUUGGGCUUGGGUG